CUGAGGAGGUUCUGGGGUUACUGAGCUUGGGGGUCCCCAGUGCUGGAAGCCCCCUUUUGGCCCCAAUCCAAUACCUGCCUGCUCAAAAGUAGCCCAUUAUAUUGAAAAGGGCUUACUUGUAGAAAAGUCGGAGAAUUCCCAUGUUUUUCUAGCGCUCCCCUAAGAAGAGUUUGCCACACCGUCAAAGGAGUUGCCCUGGGAUGGCUACCCGACUGCGGCCGGCCAGUAAGAAAUGUACUGUGAUAGGUGGCUCAGGCUUCCUCGGUCAGCACAUGGUGGAGCGCCUGGUGGAGAAAGGCUACUCGGUCAACGUCUUUGAUAUCCGCAAGAGCUUUGAGAACGACAGGGUGCAGUUCUUCCUGGGUGACCUCUGCCGCCGAGAGGAUCUGCUCCCUGCUUUACAAGGGGUGACAGUUGUGUUCCACUGUGCGUCACCAGCACCUUCCAGCAACAAUCGAGAGCUCUUCCACAAAGUCAAUUAUUUGGGGACCAAAGCAGUCAUUGAGGCUUGUAAGGAGGCUGGGGUUCAGAAACUGGUCUUGACCAGCAGCGCCAGCGUCGUCUUCGAGGGCACGGACAUAAAAAAUGGAACUGAAGAUCUUCCAUAUGCAAAGAAACCCAUUGACUAUUAUACAGAAACAAAGAUUCUGCAGGAGAAGGAGGUGCUGAGUGCCAAUGAUCCAGGGAGGAAUUUCUUCACUGUUGCUAUCCGCCCACAUGGCAUAUUUGGCCCACGGGACCCUCAACUGGUUCCCAUCCUUGUGCAGGCAGCCAAGAGUGGCAAGAUGAAGUUCAUCAUCGGCGACGGGAAGAACUUGGUGGAUUUUACCUUUGUGGAGAACGUGGUCCAUGGACACAUCCUGGCUGCGGAGCAACUGCAGAGAGAUUCUCCCCUGUGUGGGAAGGCAUUUCACAUCACCAACGACGAGCCGGUCCCUUUCUGGGCCUUCAUGUCCCGCAUCCUGACGGGGCUGGACUACGAAGCUCCCAAAUACCACAUCCCCUAUUGGCUGGCCUAUUACUUGGCCCUCCUCUUGUCACUGGUUCUGCUGCUCCUCAGCCCCCUUGUUACGCUCAGUCCCACCUUCACCCCCAUGCGGGUGGCGCUGGCCGGGACUUUCCAUUACUACAGCUGUGAGCGAGCCAAGAGGGACAUGGGCUAUAAGCCAUUGGUCAGCCUGGACGAAGCCGUGGCGAAGACCCUCGAGAGCUACCCACACCUCCGCCAGGCUGCGUAGCGGCCUCGAAGCCCAAGGGGUCGCCGCCUUCAGGAUCCCUGCUAUGGACUAGACUUCGUCCAGUCUCUCUCACCCUUCGCUCCAGAGCUCCCCAGAGGCCACAGUCCAAAAUGCCUUUUGUCAUCCCAACCUCUUGAGCUGAGCUGAUCUUUACAGCAUCUCUGAAAUGCCAGCUGCCCUGGUUGGACGAAGUCUGGUGCAUUUCCUGAGCUUGCUCAGCUCCGAGUGGCCCUUUUACCAGCCGGGCUUGUUUGGAGAACAGUGAAGUGAACAAGGUGUGUUUCCCUGACUGUUUUCUUCUUCUGGGGGGUGGGGAGCUGGUGAUAUGGGGACUGGCUGCUUUCCUUUUUGGUGCGAGAUCAUGUUCUGGGCCUGAGGAGGAAGCUUUUUAUUUAUUUACUUCAUUUUUAUCACUUUUUAAAAAUUAUUUGUCUCCCACAGCAGCUCACGUCAAUAAUUUUUUUAAAAAGUAAACAGGCCCUGCUGUCAGGCUUGCAAACAAGACGCCCAAGGGAAGGGGAGUAGAGAGGAAAGGCAGAUGACAGGGAAACAGUUUUUCAAGGCUGGAAUAAGAUAGUUUGGCUCUAAACAGACAGUGAAAUGCACUUCAAGCCAGGCUGAAUAGCAACCGGAGGGUCUUGUUCCUUCGGCCGAUGAUCAGGGCCAAAGAGCUCCAUGACCAAUUUGCCUUCGUCCAGGGAUUCUUAUGGGAUGGAAUUCAGGUAUUCUGUUGGGCCUACCUAGACCACCCCCUAACCAGCCCCACUCAAUUUUCCCCAGCACAAAAGUGUCACCAGGAAUGCAGGUUGUUUUUUUUAUUGAUUUCUGCUCUUAUACAGACAGAGUUUUAGUUUAGGAACAGCUCUUUGACAUCAAGCCUUUUGUCUAUUCCGUUUUUCAAGGAGAUUCCUAGUGUAGAACAAACACAAAGCAUACCAUUCUGGUGAAAGCAGGAAUCAGACCAAUGUUAAGAUACAUUUCUAGCAGCAAGGCUGACAAAGAGCAAAAGAUCAUAGUUAAUGGGAUUUUUUGCUAGGUGGGAAGAUGUAUCCUAGUAGUAGAAAAAAAAUAUUUUUGUAGCUUCGCUAAUUUGAUGAAGUUGGAAUUUCCCUCUUCUUCAAGUGUCCACCAGUAAACUGGCUUCAAACUUCCUCGGAAUGGAUAAACAUGGGUUGGGAUUUAAGGUGGAUUUGCUUGCCCCCUAGUACUUAGGCAGUAGAUGGGAUAUAGUCCUUUUAUACAACAUCCUGAUGUAACCUCAUUCAGGGGAGUUAGUCUGAGCUCUGGAUAUCGCAGGCUUGAUUGACAGCGUGGAUUUUUUCCCCAAUGUUUGCAGUCCUCCAGAACUUUGGUGGCUGCCAUAGUAUUUCCUGAUUUUGAUUGUGCCUUUUAUACUGGAAAAGAAGUCCUACAAGUCCCAGCAUCCUCUAGGCAGCACGGCUGGUUGGGGAAUGCUGGGAGUUGUAGGCUUUUUUUCUGGCUAAACAUGCAUAAGACUGUGCCAUAGCUGACCUUGGGCAGGCAGAAAUCACACUUCAAAGUCCCGUCCUUCUAAGCGAAGGGAAAAAAAUACAGUCCAGUAACCUCCAGUAGGAAAUUGUCUAGCAACCUGAUCCAGGUAUGUUGGCGAUCUGCUCUUUGCCUUGCAGUUUAAUCUUGGGAAUGUUGAGCAGUUUCGGGAUGAUGUUAGUGCCUCACCUUUCAAAUCAGGAAUAAUUUGGAAACAGGAAGCUAGAGUUAGUUUCCAAAGUAUCGGGAUGUCCCCUAAUACGAGAACGGUGCAGUAAAACGGUGCAGUUGGGUCCCAAUCUUCAUGCUUUUUCUAGCUAUACAAAUAAAUUACACACUGGCUCUGCCUUGUUCUUAAAA